AUUCUCUUUGGAUUAAGGUGACAUAGAGGUCGCUCUAUUAGGCAUGGCCUGUAAAUUAUCCGCUUUUCUGCAAAAUUUAUACACAACUUGCGGGAGAAGCUCUACCGCUCUUUCUUGCACAAUCACACGCCAGCCCUUUCGUCAUUUGUCAUAUACCGCUGUAAACUAUGCUGCACCACCGAAAGCGCCGGGUGGCAAAAAAUCGUAUCAGCGUGAUAAACCUCACUUGAACGUGGGAACAAUUGGACAUGUUGAUCAUGGAAAAACAACUUUAACAGCAGCUAUUACCAAAGUUCUCUCAGAGGACAAGAAAGCUAGCUUUUUAAAAUAUGAGGACAUUGAUAAAGCUCCCGAGGAGAAAGCUCGAGGAAUUACUAUUAAUGCUGCAAUAGUCGAAUAUGAAACAGAGAAUAGACACUACGGACACGUAGAUUGUCCUGGUCAUGCUGACUAUAUUAAAAAUAUGAUAACCGGUACGGCUCAGAUGGAUGGUGCUAUUCUGGUCGUUGCCGCUACUGAUGGUACUAUGCCUCAGACAAGAGAACAUUUAAUCUUAGCGAAGCAAAUUGGAAUCACCAACAUUGUUGUCUUUAUUAAUAAAGCAGAUGUUGCGGAUGAUGAAGAAAUGUUAGAAUUAGUAGAAAUGGAAAUCCGAGAAUUAUUGACAGAAUUUGGUUUUGAUGGAGACAAUACCCCAAUUAUUCCCGGGUCUGCUUUAUGCGCUCUUGAAGGAAAUCGACCAGAAAUUGGCAGUGAAGCUAUCAAAAAACUAUUAAAUGCCGUUGACACUUAUAUUCCCCAACCCAGUCGAUCGCUCGAUGAACCAUUUGUUCUACCUGUAGAACAAGUUUUUUCAAUCUCUGGUAGAGGAACAGUAGUUACGGGUAAACUUGAGCAAGGCAUAAUUAGAAAAGGAGAUGAAGCUGUAAUUAUGGGCCAUGGAAAAACAAUAAAAACAACAGUAACUGGUAUUGAAAUGUUUCGUAAGCUAUUGGACAAAGCUGAAGCAGGGGAUCAAGUUGGAGCCCUGCUUCGUGGUCUUAAAAGAGACGACAUCAGGCGUGGUCAAGUACUUGCGAAACCAGGCGCAGUUGAAAUGUAUAACCAUUUCAGCGCUCAAGUUUAUUUACUUGGAAAAGAUGAAGGAGGUCGAGGAAAGCCUUUCCUCAACCAUUAUCAGGCUCAGCUAUUCUGUAAAACCUGGGAUGCACCAGCUAUUUUUAUGCUGCCAGAAGAAAAAGACAUUCUUAUGCCUGGAGAGGAUGCGCUUGUUAACUUUAUCAUGAGAAAAAGUAUGGUUUUGAAUAAAGGUAUGCGAUUUACCAUGAGAGAUGGUCAGCACACUCUUGGAUAUGGCGUAGUUGCCGGUUUAAAUGAGGAUUACAACAUUGAAGGUUACGACCUAGAGAGGAAAAAAGAAAAGAAAGAGAAAAAGAAAGCCGAAGCAGCAGAUAUGUAAUAUAAACUCAAACUGGUUUAAUGAAAUGUUAUUUGUACCUAGAGAGAAAAAUAGACAUUUUUAAAUUACGUGUGCUUGUAACACAGAUAUCAAAUCAAUAGUUUAAAACUUUUAUCUCGCUGACAAAUCUCUUCCAAACAUUAGAUAAUUCUCUGUUCUUCAAACGGCUUCUUAUUAAAAGAUUCAAAUGAAUAAAAUCUAAGAUAACAAUUUUUAUCUAGCGGCAAAUCCAUCGGUAAACAGUUAUUAGUUAGAAUUAUUGAAUAAAUU